AUGUCCUUUGUCCUGCCCACCGUUGGGCCCACAACAAUGGAGGAAGAGGAAAGUUGGGCAGAAUUGGAUGACAUCAUUAGUGGAGGGGAGCUGUCAUCAUGUAUCGGACGAGGAACCCCAAGAAUUCCUAAACAUUUUGGAUUAUGUCCGAGAAGGUGUGCGCUCCACACAGUCACCGACCACUCUGCCGACUAUUCUGGACCCAGACAGUGUGUUAAGCACAACAUUAACCAACAUUCUCAACUUCUGUCGCACCAAAAGUCUGAAAGAUGUGAACGUGUUCGCUCGCUGUGGGUGCUAUGUCCGGAAGCAAAACAAUCAACGAAAGGAAGUUUUGCUGUCGUACUUGAAGAUGUAGGAUCUGCUCUUACGUAUUCUCGUGCCAAAGUGAAACAUAUUGUGGAAACCUCGAAUUAUGGGACGUCGAGUUCCUACCGCUUCCUGCAGGGCACUCAUGAUUCAAAGAAGAGAAGAUGUCUAGCGUUUUAUGUCGACAACAUUCCUGAAAAGCUAAGAAGCAAACUGUUGGACGUCACAACAAAGGAGUCGUACAACAUUCAUUGGAGCCUCGAUGACGAUGAUGGUGUAGAGGAUGGCAAGGAUGAUGAUCCCAGUGACAAGGAGGACGACGACCCCUUCCCCACCGAUGGUGAGAAGAAAAACGAUGAUCCUCCCCCCAGUAACAAGGAGGACGACGACCCAUUCCCCAGCUUAGGUGUCAAGAAUCUUCCCCCCAGUGACAAGGAGGACGACGACCCCCUCCCCAGCGUGGGUGACACUAAAGAUGACGAUCUUCCCCCCAGUGACAAGGAGGACGACGACCCCUCCCCAGCGUGGGUGACACUAAAGAUGACGAUCUUCCCCCCCGUGACAAGGAGGACGACGACCCCUCCCCAGCGUAGGUGACACUAAAGAUGACGAUCCCUCCCCCAACGACAACAAUCCCCCCCCUAGCGACAAGAAGGCCAAACGUAAGAGAAUCACUGCAGAACCUGCUGCUGCAAAGAAAAAACGUUUGGGGGAAGCAAGUCUCUUACGUGAUGGCCUCGGGAAGUCGUACACACCCAAAAAUCUGAAGAGGCGCACCCGCAACUCUGCAUUGUCUGAUUUCUAGUAUUACGUGCAACGUACCCCUUACUUUUGUUAGCUACAAUGACAUUCUUUAUUGCUGGCUGAUUCAGCGAUAGUUUAU